AUGGCUGAUACCGUCUUCACCCUCAACACCGGCGCUAAGAUCCCGGCUCUCGGUCUUGGUACAUGGCAAUCUGCUCCUGGAGAGGUCAAGACUGCAGUGUCGCAUGCUCUUAAAGUUGGCUACAAGCACAUUGAUGCCGCAUACGUCUACGGCAACGAAGACGAGGUCGGUGGAGGUCUCGCCGAAGGCUUCAAGUCAGGUCUCAAGCGCGAGGACAUCUUUGUCACUACCAAGCUAUGGUGUACUUUCCAUUCUAGAGUAGAGGAGAACCUCGAUCUCAGUCUAAAAUCCCUGGGCCUUGACUAUGUCGAUUUAUACCUCAUGCACUGGCCUGUACCAAUGAACCCAAAUGGUAACCACCCCAACUUGCCAAAGAAGCCCGAUGGCUCCCGUGAUCUCGACACAGAAUGGUCAUACACUCAAACCUGGAAAGAAAUGGAAAAGGUCCUCAAGACCGGAAAGACAAAGGCCAUCGGUGUUGCCAACUUCUCAGUACCCUUCUUAGAAGAGCUGUUGAAGGAAGCCACCGUCACUCCCGCCGCCAACCAGAUUGAAAAUCACCCAUAUCUGCCUCAACAAGAGAUUGUGGAUUACUGCAAGGAGAAGGGCAUUUUGAUUACUGCAUACAGUCCUCUGGGUUCCACUGGAUCUCCUCUGUUCCAGGAGAAGGAGAUUCAAGAGGUUGCGAAGAAGCAUGAUGUUUCGCCCGGUACUGUCUUGUUGAGCUACCAUGUUGCUCGUGGAAGCUCCGUCAUCCCCAAGUCGGUGACACCUUCGCGUAUCGAGGAGAACAUGAAAUUGAUCAAGCUUGACUCCGAGGAUGUCAAGUCUCUGGACAACAUCUCAAAGACGCAUCCUCCCAACCGCUUCGUAUACCCUGCCUUUGGUGUCAACCUUGGUUUCCCCGACAAGCAAUGA